CCUCGGGUACUGUCGCGUUCUCUCGGCGAGGGCCGGGCGCGCGGAUAGAGUGGGACGCCGCCCGCCGCUGCGCCCCGCUGCCUCGACCGGUUCCAUUGAUAGUCCGCGCGGGCUGCCGAUAAGACGUCAACUUCCACGUCGUCCGCCGAGCGAUGCAACAGUUCCUCUGCUGCUCAGUCCUCGUUCUGACGACAACCAACACACUUAUUGUGACAUAAACACGAUUAAUUCACCUAAUCCCUUUAUGCUCCGCGAAGUGACGUUCGAUAAAACGUGUUAGUAAUACUCAUGAAAAAACCCAGAUGUGCUAAUGGUUACGGAGGGUGUAAAGCUCGCGACUAGACCGUCGGAGAAGUCUCGAGGUCGUCCGCUGAUCUUCCUCGUGGCUCAUCUCCGCGCCCGGAGAAAAUGAUUAGUAAAUAAAUUAUUGUCAAAGAUCUGAACCGAACUGUGUCCCCAGUUUUGUUAUUGUUACAUAAAACACAGGGACCUUCUCGGCGUCCUUGACCAUAUGAAUCAAUGAAGAUAUUCUUCAUGAAAAACAUCAGUGAUAUUUUAACAAUUGUACUGUCGAUAAGAACGCGUAAGUGAGAUAAACUUAUCUGAGCAAAUGUAUGUCGACGUGAUAGAAACACAUAUAAAAGUAACCAGAAACAAUUAUAUUUUGUUUAUAUUGACAUUGCAGUCGGUGGAAGAUGCUCGUGUAAUUGCGAGCGAAUGUCUCGCUUGGGGUUCCGCAAACACGUAAAUAUAGGGUGGAGUAAAUAUCCAAAUUGGCUCCGCGGGAGGAUCGAAGGGGAACCAGACCGAAACCGAUGACUGUGUCUUCAAGAUAAAACGUUAAAUAUCGUCAGUGACGUAUGUAGUGAGUGAGUGGGAACCAACAAUCAUGCAUCGGUCAGGAUCGCAGUCAGACAGGCUAGGCGGCGGGGUGGCAGGCUCCUCGUUCAUUGCUAAAAGUUCCGCGUCGGAGCACAGCAUGGCGACCGGCGUGUCCGUAGCGAGCAGCGGCAGCACCUUACCACGCACACUCAGCACCAGCGUGCUACGCAUCAAAAACAGAUCCACGUUCUGGGAAAAAUUCUGGGAUGAACGAACUAGGCGCGAUGCUCACGGAGAAGACCUGAUUGUGACACCCUUCGCGCAAGUCCUGGCGAGCCUGCGUAGCGUCCGCAACAACUUUUUGUGUCUCACCAACGUGCCAGCUUCCAAGUCACGACGGUCUUCCGGCGCAGCUGCUGUCACACCGCAACCAAAAAAUUUUAAUGCGGGAGACGAAUCCUACAUGAAGCUGGCUUUGGAAACCGUUGAGGAACUCGACUGGUGCCUGGACCAAUUGGAGACGAUACAGACACAUCGAUCGGUCUCCGACAUGGCUUCGCUUAAGUUCAAGAGGAUGCUGAACAAGGAGCUGAGCCACUUCUCAGAGUCCAGCAAGUCCGGCAAUCAGAUCUCCGAGUAUAUCUGCUCCACAUUUUUGGACAAACAACAGGAGCUUGACUUACCAUCCUUACAAGUCGAAGAAACUUCGGAACGCGGCGCCAAGAAAAAGGAAAAACCCCGUCAUGGCGGACCUGCGACUACGAUGUCACAAAUAUCGGGUGUUAAGAGGACUUUGACACACACAAAUAGCUUCACCGGCGAACGCGUGCCGAGGUAUGGAGUUGAAACACCGCAUGAGGAAGAGCUCGGCCUUCUUCUCAGCGAUCUAGACCGGUGGGGAGUGGAUAUAUUCCGCAUCGGUGAUCUGUCAUGCGGUAGACCACUCACUGCUGUCGCGUACACAGCGUUCACAUCACGGGAGCUGUUGACUACUCUUCAGAUACCGGCGCGUACUUUCUUGGCGUUUGCAGUUACCUUAGAGGAGCACUAUAUUCGAGACAAUCCUUUCCACAACUCUCUCCACGCUGCCGAUGUCACACAGUCUACAAACGUACUGUUGAAUACACCUGCGCUUAAUGCUGUCUUCACGCCACUAGAAGUUUGCGCUGCUCUUUUCGCUGCCUGCGUCCACGACGUCGAUCACCCGGGCCUCACCAAUCAAUUCCUCGUCAACUCCAGUUCCGAACUCGCACUAAUGUACAACGACGAGUCAGUCCUCGAGAACCACCACCUUGCAGUCGCAUUCAAGCUGCUGCAGAAUGAUGGAUGUGAUAUUUUCGUGAAUCUUCACAAGAAACAAAGACAGACCCUCAGGAAAAUGGUUAUCGACAUGGUCCUCUCGACAGAUAUGUCGAAACACAUGAGUCUGCUGGCGGAUCUGAAGACGAUGGUCGAAACGAAGAAAGUCGCGGGUAGCGGUGUCUUAUUGCUAGACAACUACACUGAUAGAAUUCAAGUAUUAGAGAAUCUCGUACACUGUGCCGAUCUGAGCAAUCCUACUAAGCCGUUGCCACUGUAUAAACGAUGGGUGGCAUUACUGAUGGAAGAGUUCUUCCAGCAAGGCGAUCGUGAACGUGAACAUGGCAUGGAUAUCAGUCCAAUGUGUGACAGACAUAAUGCUACUAUAGAAAAAUCUCAAGUCGGUUUCAUUGACUAUAUCGUGCAUCCUCUGUGGGAAACUUGGGCAGAUUUGGUACAUCCUGACGCUCAAGAUAUUUUGGACACCUUAGAAGAAAACCGAGACUAUUACCAAAGUAUGAUUCCACCGUCACCGCCACCAGCACCGAUACAAUCCUCACACGCCUCUGAUGAUGAUCGCCCUGAACAAAUACGAUUUCAAGUCACCCUAGAGGAGGGAGAAGGAUCAGAAGAUUGCGAGGGCGAAGGUGAUGGUGGAAUGUGACGGAAACUACUCGGAAUCUGCAAGAAACUCACUGAAAAGAUGCAAGUGUGGUGGAAGCUCUGGCAGUAGAGCAGACACGGGUCGACCGUGGAGCGACGAAGCCUGGAUACGCCAACAUUGGCGGUGGAAGAAGGCUUUAGGGUUUAAAACAUACUAAAAUUAUUACAGAUUCCAUGAGUUUUAAUUGUAAAAAUGAAUACGUUUUGAGGCUAAUAUUAAUAGGUGUCCCUUGAGUCUGUUGUAUAAAGUGUACAGCGCCACCGACGGGCGGGUGCGUGCCGUAUAAUGACGCCGCACGCGCGCCCCCCCCUCCCUUGUUGGAUAGUAAUAUUUGUUGACGCUUAAAAUCGAAAUGAAACGACAUGCGAUUGUAUCGUCACAUUUCGAUAUGAUUAUGUUUAUGUGAUCAUUACGCGAUGUUGUUUAGAUUUACCUAACGUUUGUAAUAAUUGUCCCUCCAAUGUUUGUGUGACGUUCGAUUGUCUAGUGUUUGUAUUGUCGUUUCGUUUUGUCUAACCAAAGAUGUGAAACAAUUUCGUUCGCAGUAAUAUCGUACGAUGAUCCUUGUGAGUGGUUAGUGUUCGGUUCGUAAUAUUAAAAUUGUCGUAAUUAGUCUAUAGUUGUCGACGUCGUAUAUUAUCGGCUCGACUGUUAAGGACAUUGAAAACGCUUAUUAAUUGGUAUGAAAGGGUAAUUUAUAUUUGUCAUAUCAUCCACGUUUCUCAUAUAUAAUACGGGUUUGCGAUAAUGAUGUUAUUCACCAAAAUAUAUUAACAUGAUAGGUAUCUUAAAUAUUAAAACUUAUUUAAGGUAAAUUUUAAAAAUUGCCUUUCGAAGUUAUCAUUGUGUCUUUCUUCUAAAAAAUAAUAUUGCAAAAUUCGGUCAAUCAAUUAAUGUUGUACCUUUAUUUGUGGAACUCCCAACUAUAAUCGUAUUUAUGUAUUUUCAAUUACAGUUUUGUAAUACUUUCAAUUAGAAUAUCAACACCAGGAGAUGUAACGGAGCCUCCUUAAGUGUCUCUGAUGUCUUGUUAUUUAUUAACUACAACUGUUCAAACAUGCAAACCAUUGUUGCAUCUUCUAUGCUUUAAAUUAUCUAUCAAUUCAAUGUGUUGGAUAAACACGUUAUAUUUGUGAGUGUAGAAAAAUUGUAAAUAUUCAAUAUUCAAAAAUAAUAAUUCAACUAAAUACGUCAUUUAAUACGGAAGUUCCACAUUUAAUUGGGAGUUAAAAAGACACUGUAACUUCAUCCAAUUUAGGUAGCUUUACUUAAUUUGAGAACCUAAUUUCACCUCAUCUCUUAUAGCGGAUCGCUGGCGAUCCCUUUCAUUUUUCUCCUUAGAUGAUCAAUUAUUUUGUAGGUUUAUCGACGAAAUCACUGUAAUUUAAAUUUAUCAAAAAAAAAAA